CUUUGACAGUGAAUUUAACAAUUCAUGUGAAAUCCGCUAAUGCUAUCUUUAUUUUGCAAAACCCAUAGUAAACAACUUGAAAUUUGAAUUACGUUAUAACUCACAUUAUACUUUUGCAGCUCAGUAAUUUGUGGUAUACUAAGUACUAUCAUAAUAUAGCAUCAAUAAGUAUUAAGUUUCUGGUGUAGGCUAUGGCGUCUCCUUCACCAAAAUCGCCUGAGCAAAGUGAGAAAACUAAACAAUAUGAUCGCCAACUCCGACUUUGGGGUGAUCAUGGCCAAUUAGCUCUUGAAAAUGGACAUAUUUGUCUUAUAAAUGCUAAUGCUCUUGGAACGGAGAUAUUGAAAUCAAUUGUUCUCCCUGGUGUGGGUGCUGUAACAAUUGUUGAUGAUAAUAUUGUGACCGAUGAAGACAUUGGCAGUAACUUUUUCCUUGAACAUUCUAGUAAAGGACUGAACAGAGCCGAAGAGACAAUACGUUUAUUAUUAGAACUUAAUGAUGCAGUUCGGGGCCACACGGUACAUGACCCUCCAGAUCAAAUUCUUCAAGAAAAUCCGGACUUUUUUAAGACUUUUAGUGUGGUAAUCGCAACGCAUUUAAGUGAAAAAACAAUAAAAGAUUUAUCUCAACACUUAUGGGAUAUAAAUAUACCUUUUAUAUUAUGUAAAUCUGUGGGAUUUUUGGGGUUAUUUAGGAUACAAGUAAAGGAACAUCCUAUUAUAGAAACUCAUCCUGAAAAUGAACAAGUUGAUUUGCGCUUAGACAUUCCAUUUCCAGCAUUAUCUGAAUAUUUAAAUAACAUUGAUAUUAAUACACUGGAUUUGAAAGACCAUGGUCAGAUACCAUGGAUUGUGAUUAUCUACAAAGCUAUUGAAAAAUGGCAAUUGAGUAAUCAUAACAGAUGGCCAAUGAGCAGAAAAGAAAAGAAUGAUGUCAAAGAUAUAAUACAAAGCUUUAUAAGAAAAGAUGAAAAUGAAAUUCCUAUAAAUGAAGAAAAUUUUGAAGAAGCACUAAGAGCUGUAAAUACAGCAAUGGUCCCAACAUUUCUGCCAGUAAAAAUUCAAGAGCUUUUGUACAGUAAUUCUGCAACACAUCUGACAAAAGAUAGCUGUCCUUUCUGGAUUAUGUGCUCAGCUUUAAGAACAUUUAUUGAAGCUGAAGGGAAAGGAAAACUACCUCUGAGAGGUGUUCUACCAGAUAUGACUACUACAACAGAUCAUUAUGUUAAGCUGCAAAAUAUUUAUAGAACACAGGCGGCAUUAGAAGCCGAAAUAGUAUACAGAAAAGUACAGUCAAUUGUAUCACAAUUACAAUGUGAUACAAUUAGUGAAGCAGAUGUUAAACUCUUUUGUAGACAUUCACAUGAUUUGCAUUUAAUUAAAGGAUCCAGCAUUUGCUUAGAACACCAACUUGGAACUCCAACUGCUUCUUACAUCGCAAGACAUUUAGAAGAACCUGAUGUAAUGAUGGUGCAUUACAUACUGCUGCGAGCAGCUGAUAUGUUUAGAUCUGAACAUUGUAGAGCACCAGGUGAAUGGGAACCUGAGGGAGAUAUUUCAAAACUGAAAACAUGUGUUUCAAAAAUUCUGAGUGAUGUAUCAAGUUCUCCCUUCCCAAAAGAUGAUCACAUUCAUGAAAUGUGCAGGUAUGGCGGAGCUGAGAUUCACAGUAUAUCAGCUUUCAUUGGCGGAUGUGUUGCACAUGAAGCCAUAAAAAUUAUAACAAAGCAAUACAAACCAGUCAACAAUACUUUUAUUUAUGAUGGAGCAUCAACAAACACGGCUACAUUUACUUUUUAAUGUUGUUAUUAAGUAAAUAAACAAAUUUUGUUCAA